AUGACUCGGGAGGAAGCUACGGCGCUUCUACGUCCUCCCACUAAGAAGUACAAGCCACCCUCCAAGGGCAAGCGGAAAGCUGUGGUCGCCGCCCUGUCCCAGCAGGUUUCGGAGAGUGCGGCCUUUGUACGCCACCCCCUUCAAGGGCUCUACGUUAUACUAGCGCUUCCCGCAAUGGAGACGGACGUGGCUCUGCGUCUAGUGGAGGAGAGGCAAGGGGCUUUAUGUUGUGCCUUGGUUGAGACCUCCCUUUCCAAUUCCCGCCGGCAGUGUCUUCAGGCACUACCCGUUUCCGCGUAUACCGACGACGAGGAAACGUCUCCUUGGCCAACGGCCAAACUAGAGUACUCGAAUUUUGAUACGUGGCUAAACUCCGAGGAGGCGCAGGACACUCCACGAGUGGUACUGGAGGUGUUGUGUGCCAACCGUGCGGUCUUUCCAGAUAAACUUCCUACCGGACUGCCACCGAAACGCCCCCACGAUCACCGAAUUCUUCUCGUGCCAGGGAAACUCCCUGCGAAAUCGGCGAUUUACCGCAUGACCCCCGAACAACUUCUGUUUCACAAACAGGAGAUAGCUAAGCUGUCUGCUAAUGGGUGGAUCGGCCCUACUUAUUCUCCGAUCUGCGCACCUACGAUUAUGGUGGAUAAGCGAAGUGAUGAGACGGGCGAGCGUAAGAUGCGCAUGGUUGUCAACUACCGGGAGCUGAACGCCCUUACGAUUGCGCCAGACUUUCCCCUACCACCUAUUCAGACGAUUCUUGAGAUGCUGGGGGGGGCCCGAUACUUUUCCACCCUCGAUCUCGAGUCUGGAUUUCACCAGAUAAGGAUGGCCAAGGAGGACAGGUGGAAGACGGCUUUCCGUUCUGUUAUGGGGUUAUUCGAGUAUAAGGUCAUGCCCUUUGGUCUUAAGGGCGCACCUGCUACCUUUCAGGCCAACAUUAAUGCAUACUUACAGCCUUUAUUAGGUCAGGGAGUCAUCGCGUACCUUGACGACGUCCUCAUUUACAGCCCUGACCUUCCCAGCCAUGUUGCUCUCCUCCAACAGGCCAUGACCCCCGCACAGCAGAAGUACUCCAUCUACGACCAGGAGCUUUUGGCCUUAGUGUCUGCACUCGACAAGUGGGCACAUUUACUGAGGCCUACCAAGGUCACGGCCCACACCGAUCACCAAGCUCUUACUUACUUACAGCAGCUUAAGGCGUCGAAGCCUCUUCGCGGCCGCACCGCUCGCUGGCUAGAUUUUCUGGCUGAGUUUCCCGGCCUCACUAUUACAUACAUGCCGG